AAAAAAUGAUGACAUAUUGGAACCGGCAAACCUCACUAGCUGUUAUACUCUGUAUUACAAUGACUUCCUCUGGAAAGGUGUGGAACCAGGACACAACCCUGUCUGAUUUCAACAUCACUCAUUUAAUGCUUUACAGCAUACUCUAUUGUGGAACUGCAAUAGUUUGCGACAAAUCUUUUCUAAAGAUUUUCGACAUACCAAACCAAAGCAAUUUCAACGCAUCAAGAUGCGGACCUUGCUCAUGUGACGAAAAAUGUUUAUCUCCUUAUUCCUUUGAGCAAUGCUGUCCAGAUGUUUUCUUUAGACAUGGACUUCGAGAAUGUAGGGAUGUAAAGGUUUUAUUGAAUGAAACAAAUUUGAAAGAAGUAGUUGCUUCAUGUCCUGUAGGAACCAACCGUAACUUAUCGACAGAAUGUACAAAGGAACGAUCCAAAGUCGAAAUGCUUCUUUAUCCGCCAUUGACAAGUGGCACCAAGAACAUUUCAUACAUUAAUAAGUACUGUGCUUCUUGUAACAAUGCAUCUUUAUUAGAAGAAUGGAAUGUGAACAUUGAAUGCGAAAAGAACACAGAUUUCAAUUUUCUUUCAUCGUAUCAAGAAAUAAUAGAUUUGGCAAUUAAGCAGUCAUGUAGAAUAGUGUAUAUAUCCCCAAAUUCUGCUCGACAUUGUUCAAAGAAUUAUGAUCAAAUAAUAGCAUCAUGUAAUGUCACCGGAUCUUGGCUAUUUCAUGACAAACAAAUCGAGCGAGCGUGUCUAAGCUCUUAUGAUACUUAUACUGGUAUCUUUAAAAACAUUUUCUGUGCCAUUUGCAAUCCACCUAAAAUGGAAGAGCAUAUAGUGAUAAAACAAUGUGAAAAUACAAGCAGCUUAUACAAUAAAGCAUGCUCUUUUCAACCUUUAUUAGAAGCAUCGUUUCCGUACAAGAAUUACUUUUGCUUUGUUUGUAACCAUGGUGAUAACAACACAGAUUAUUAUGCUGAUGUUGAUUUGAUGUCAGUCUAUGAGAGCUAUGAUGAAGGAAGAAUGUAUCCGUUUCAAUCCACAAUAUCGUUUAAUUACAGUCUUACUCAUUUGAAGAAAUACAUCGAUGAGAUUGUAAGAAAAUCUACUGUAGAAAAUACAACAACUAUGAAAGACACCUUCUACAAAAAAGACCAUCUGUUAAAGUGCCCCACACAAUCCGACUAUAUAUUUCCUCCUAUUGGAGCCCCAGGAGGUUUUCCUCCUAUUGGCCCCCCAGGAGGUCGCUUUGAUUUACAACCAACAUCUGCUAUAACUCCUUUUUCAUUCAAGAGAGCAUUAUCUCCAAUGGAUAGUAACCUUUCCAUAAACAUUACAAAUAUUUUUCUGACAAGCUUUGCAUUUUCAGGACAUGGUGCCUGCAAACCAGGAUUAUUGCCGAACUACACCACUUCACUACAAAAACCCUGUUCAUGUGACGUAGGAUGCCGAGGAGACUGUUGUGAUGAUUUCGCUUUCUCACAGCCUUGGACUUGUAUUGGUGAUAAAUUUUACAGGGAUGAAAGUGCUCAAGACAAAGAUUACUUGGCGAUUGGUGGAUGUAUUGAGAAUCAAAGUCUAAAACAUUUUUGCAAUGGUGGCAAUGCAUCACAAUUUUAUCAGGCUUUUCCUGUGACAAAAAGAUACAAAGAAUCCUAUGUAAAUUUGUUUUGCUAUUUAUGCAACACGAAAGCUCAAGACGGAAUACACAUUGUUGAAAACGUGACAAAGGAUUUAUAUGUUUGGCCUUUGAAGGUUGAUUGUAUUACAUAUAUAAACCACAGAAACUUUCAAUCAUUACAAACACUCAUUGACCAUUUCAAGAGGAGUUCCUGUGUGUUGAGGUUUUCACCGCCCGCUGAUGCUGCUAAAUGCAGUGAUAACUGUCAUCAGGGACAGUAUAGCAGCAUUCAAACCUGUAACGUGUCAGGAACGUGGACAACAUUUAACCAAGAUAUCAAAACCGCUUGUGAAUUGACAGAAAUUUUUAGAUUUCCUAUGAUUGAAGUACAAGGUAGUUAUUAUAAGAAUAAAUUUUGUAGCAUUUGUAACCCUUUUCCUGAACCAUCCAUUGCUGAUAUUUGCAGAGAUUUUCCCGAAAAUUCCGUCGAAUCAAGAGCUUGUCGAGAGUUACCUGAUAUCAAAGUUUGCUAUCCUUAUAAGAAUGCUUUCUGCGAAAUGUGCAAUAAUAAUGGAGAUAUUAUAGAGUGCUACGAAGAAGUAUUAGUCUUACCGUAUUUUCCUGGGCCAACUCCAGUACCCCCUCCUACGCCCCCUGGAGAAAUUGGAACAUAUAGGUCUACAUUUACACUAACAGCUUACGACUCCCCACACACUAUCCAAGAAAAAUACAUAUCGUGUGAGCAGAAUCAGGUCUUGGAUGAGUUUCAGCGUGUAUGCAAGAACUUGACAUGCUUUCCUGGCAAGAUCUUGAUAAAUGAUACGUGUAUCUCAUUGCUGGCUCUAACAUCUCAGCUGCGUUACACUCUAGCUUUGAACAUAGAAUUUUAUACAUUUGACAGGAUUAAUGCAACAGUGAAAGGAUUGAUGGAAUAUAUGAAAGAUCAAAUUACAGACAAUGUGGAUAAUUUAUUCAAUACUGAAGUCCUUAUUGAGGAUAUUAUACUAAUGAGUUUAACCAGCUGCAAAAAUGAAAUUGCUGAUCUGAAAGAAGUGUUUGUGUACCUGAAAGUUUUCCUCCUUGAUAGAGUUCAUCGCGAUAUGUUAGAGAAGACUUUAAUAAACUUAACUGAAUCUCCUGCUGAAUGGAGUUUUAUCAACAAUUUAUUCCCGUCCUGGAAUACAUCUGUAUUGGACAUCAGAGUUUCCAGAAGUCACCAGUCCUUGUUUUUGCCGUCAUUUUUAUGGAAACUUGACAAAGCGGUCAAUUGCUUUGUUCUUUCAGAUGAACUGAAGCAUGGGCCAGCAUUAUACAGAAAUGUGUUGGUAAGCCCACUGUUGACAUGUCCACAAAUUAUUCUGAGAAAUAAAGAAUUUGGAGUUGAUUGGAAAAACAUCAGAACUGAAUAUACUUUUUCAGAAUUUUCUCUUUCCUCUCACCAGUUUGUGUCUUCAGAGGGUGGUGGAAUAAGGUUGUGCGCCAAGGAGAUACCAAAAUACGUCAAUGCAUUGAGGACAAUGAUGGUGAAAAAUGAUAAUCUGGCCCUAGCAAAUGUUACUCUUGUAUGCAUUAUCAUAUCUUUGCUCUCCUUGGUAAUAACAUUUAUAACAUACUGUAUGUUUGCAAUUCUUCGAACUCUCCCAGGUAUUAACAAUAUGUGUUUAGUUGUAUCUCUAUUCAUGGCGCAAUUACUAAUGAUAGUAAGACCAUCUAUUAGUUCUACAGGAUUAGCAGUAAUAUCUGCCUUGUCGCAUUUUUCCUGGCUUUCCACGUUUUUGUGGCUCCAGGUUUGUUCUUUCCACAUGUAUCGCGUCUUUGGUGCAAAAAGCCGAUCAGAUUUCUACGGUAAUCAAAACAGAAAAAUCUUUAUUCAAUACUUCCUUUACGCUUUUGGUAGUUCUUUACUUAUUGUCUUGUUCAAUAUUUUUGUGACGUUAAUUGUCACAAAAGGUGAAUAUACAGGAUAUGACAAAGCGUCAACGUUAAUGAAGUACAAACUAGCAUUUAUUAUAACGCUUAUAAUUCCUCUGUGCUUUGUGUGUGUGACAAAUGUUAUAUUUUAUAUUUUAACCGCCUAUAAAAUACAAUCAACUCCUAGUAUAGAAAAAACGACUGGAAAUAGGGUCCAUUUUGCCGUGUACGUUAAGCUGUUUUCCCUGACCGGUCUGUCGUGGAUUUUACAGAUAAUAGAUUCAUUUGUGGCUAUCUCCGUCUUAUCCUAUUUUGUCGCUAUUCUUAAUGGCUUACAAGGCUUGUUCAUUUUUCUGAGCUAUGUUUGCAAUCAGAGAGUAUGGAAUUUGUAUAAGAAAAAACUUCGCAGUUUGCCCGUUCAAAGCCAGAGGUCCACUCUCACGUCUAAAACAGAUACAACAUCAAUAUAA